UUGUUGAACCAACCCCAAAUUCAUCUAUCUGAAAACCCACCCACUUCAUCUCCUACCUCUCGAACCCUACUUCUCACAUAUCCUUCAAACGCUCUGAACACUCAAACACUCGUAUCCUUCAAAACCUAAGGCAGUUGCAGAGAUGGCACAAAGCGACGACGCAGGGACCGGUAACCACAAUGGCGACAUUCCACCCAUUCCUCUUUCAUCGAAGAACAAAGAAGAUGUCAGAUUUUGUUCGAGACCAGUUCAGAGUCAAACCAUUAAGCUUAGAAUUCAUCAUAUGGGAGAGUUAGUAGAUCAUCCUGUUAAAUGGUAUGUUAAUGGAUUAGUGUCUGAGAUGGAUUGGCUGUGGGAUACAGAUUACAUGUCAUAUAUGCAGUUUGAAAAAUUGAUCAGAAAAGAGGGAUAUAGGAAUAUCAAAUGCAUGUGGUAUUGGAACCCUAAGUAUAGUUUUAGUCGUGGUCUUAGACCUCUUAACUGUGAUGGUGAUGUUCUUAAGUUAAUUGAGGACUUAAAAGGAUUUGACUUGGUGGAUAUUUAUGUUGAGCAUACAGUAGAAGUGUUAGGGGAUGAAGACAUAGUAGAUCAUUAUGAUGAUGAUGGUGGCCCAAAUUAUGCUGAGGAUGAGGUUGAUAGUGAUGUCGAAGUUGUAAAGGAUGCUGAUAUGCCUAAGAAUGUUGUUGCAAGUGACAAUGAAAUGGAUGUGAAUGAAGCUGACAUAGGAGAUGUGGAUACUGAACAUGUUGAGACUGAACAUGUUGAGACUGAACAGGUUGAGACUGAACAUGUUGAGACUGAACAUGUUGAUGUUGGAAUAGAAGAUGAUGAAGAAGAUGAAGACUAUGUGGCUGAUACUGAGAUAGGCAGUUUAUCUGAUGAAGACUUAGAAUGCAGUGAUGACUAUGUGGAAGAAACUGAGGAUUUGGAUUGGACAUCAGUGAUGCAAUGUGAUGAGGAUCAUGAUAAGGCUAGAAAAAGUGAUGAGGAUGAUGAUUCUGAUGUGCUGCAUACUCCUAAUGGUAGUGGUGAUGAUGAGGAACUUGAAAAGUUUCCUUCUUAUAAAAGAGGUGAGUCAUCAAAGUUUGAGCUUGGUAUGGUGUUCAGCAACAAAGAAAUGGUGAAGGAUGCUGUCAAAGACUAUGGUAUGGAAAACAACAAAAAUGUUGUCAUAAAGAAGAAUGAGGCAAAGAGAAUGGUGAUUAAAUGUAUGGAAGGAUGCAAUUUUCACAUGAGAGUUAGUAAGAGGGUGGGGAAUCAGUAUUGGCAAGUGGUGAGUUUAAUAGAUGAACAUAAUUGUGCUAGGACUCCUUAUAAUAGACAAGCAAAGACUAACUGGUUGGCUAAGAAGUUUGGCCACAUUCUGAGGCACAACCCUGACAUGAAACCAGCAGGAUUGGUUGCCCAAGCUCUUGAUAGAUGGGGAGUAAAGUUAUCACAUGAUCAGGCUUAUAGGGCUAAAAGGAGGGCCAUGGAUAUGUUGCAAGGGGCUGGUAUGGAACAAUUUCAACAUUUGAGGAGGUAUGCCCAAGAAUUGUUGAAAUCCAACCCUAACAGUACUGUUGUGAUUAGGUGUGCAGACUCAAAUGAAGGCCCUGUUUUUGAAAGAAUCUAUGUAUGUCUAGAGGCUUGCAAGUAUGGGUUUGCAAAAUUCUGUAGGCCAUUAAUAGGGUUGGAUGCUUGUUUUUUGAAAGGUGAUUUUGGAGGUCAGUUAAUGGCAGCAGUUGGGAGAGAUGGAAAUAAUAAGAUUAUGCCUAUUGCAUAUGCUGUGGUGGAGGCUGAGACAAGAGAUUCUUGGGAUUGGUUCAUCAAACUUCUAUUGGAAGACUUGGAAGCUAUAAACCAAAGAGCAUAUGCUUUUAUCUCAGACCAACAAAAGGGAUUAAUACCAGCAAUUCAAAGUGUGAGUGCUCAUGUUGAGCAACGCAUAUGUGUGAAGCAUCUAUAUGGGAAUUGGAAGAAGAAGAAUCCUGGUCUUGAAUUCAAAGAGGUUAUGUGGAGUGCAGCAAGAGCUACAACUGUACCAUCAUGGGAAAGGGCAAUGUUAAAGAUGAAAGGCAUGAAAGAAACUGCAUGGAAGGAAAUGGUGGAUGUCCCUGCAACUUAUUGGAGUCGGUCCCACUUCAAAACCUAUUCCAAAUGUGACCUCCAGGUAAAUAACAUGUGUGAAGCUUUUAAUAGGGCUAUUUUAGAAUAUAGGGAUAAGCCAAUAAUCACUCUAUUAGAGGGGAUUAAGCAUUACAUCACUAAGAGGAUAGCUAAGAUGAAAGAGCUAGUGAAUACCUACAGUGGUGAUAUAUGUCCUAGAAUACAAAUGGUGCUAGAAAAAAACAAGAGGAAUGCAGCACAUUGGACUCCCACAUGGCAUGGUGAUGAUGACAUGGCCAUAUAUGGUGUCACUAAUGGAAUUGAUACAUAUGUUGUUAACCUCAAGCAAGAGACUUGUGCAUGUAGGAAAUGGGAUUUAACUGGCAUCCCUUGUAGCCAUUCUAUCACAUGUAUUUGGCAAAACAAGAAAAAACCUGAAGACUAUGUUUCUGAAUAUUACAGGAAGGACACUUUCAAGAACAUCUAUUCACACAUCAUUUACCCCACUAAUGGUCCACAAUUGUGGCCUUUAGAUAAUCAGUCCACCAUGAAUCCACCCAUUAUGCGAAGGGCCAUAGGUCGUCCCAAGAAAAUGAGGAACAAAGCUAAUGAUGAACCAAGACUAAAGCAUGUACUUCCCAGGAAACUUGCAACAGUUACUUGUCAUAAAAAACCUGAAGACUAUGUUUCUGAAUAUUACAGGAAGGACACUUUCAAGAACAUCUAUUCACACAUCAUUUACCCCACUAAUGGUCCACAAUUGUGGCCUUUAGAUAAUCAGUCCACCAUGAAUCCACCCAUUAUGCGAAGGGCCAUAGGUCGUCCCAAGAAAAUGAGGAACAAAGCUAAUGAUGAACCAAGACUAAAGCAUCUACUUCCCAGGAAACUUGCAACAGUUACUUGUCAUAAAUGUGGAGGAAUGGGACAUAACAAGAGAAGCUGCAAAGGCAAGACAGCUGCUGAUAGAGCCAUCCCAAAAGGGGGAAACAAGAAGAAGAUUGUUGGUGGACAGAAGAAGAAAACAAAGCCAAAUGAAGAGGAGAUUGGAAACUCAUCCCAAGCACCAAUGGCUACACAACCAUCUCAACAGUAG